AAAAGAUAUUGAGCUAUUAGAUCCAAUAAAAGAUGAUUCAAAUGAUUUAUAUGAAAAAAUAUUGUUAGAAAAUGAAAAUAAAGAAUUGUUUGAAUUAGAUACUGAAGAAACUGAUAGUGAAACAGAUAAUACAGAGAGUGAACAUGAAUAG